CUGAUACAGAUUGUGUGACUGUACUCAUUCGAAAAGAGAAUGGCAGAAACCGCUCCAGCUGCUGCCGCUCCGCCGGCAAAAGCGACCAAGAAGAAGUCUGCUGUAAAACCCAGGAAAACGGGUCCAAGCGUGGGCGAACUCGUCGUCAAAGCUGUGUCGGCUUCCAAGGAGAGGAGCGGCGUGUCUCUCGCCGCCCUGAAGAAAGCUCUCGCUGCUGGCGGCUACGACGUGGAGAAGAACAACUCCCGCGUCAAGAUCGCUAUUAAAAGUCUGGUGACUAAAGGCACUCUGGUCCAGACCAAAGGAACCGGCGCUUCAGGAUCCUUCAAACUCAACAAAACACAAGCCGAGACAAAGAAGCCAGCGACGAAAGCCGCUCCUAAAGCAAAGAAGGUCGCAACCAAGAAGCCCGCUAGUGUUGCCAAGAAGCCGAAGACUGCAUUGGCAAAGAAGACCGCCGCAAAGAAAUCUCCCAAGAAGGCCAAGAAACCUGCCCCCGCCGCUAAAAAGGCAACGAAGAGCCCCAAGAAGGCAAAGAAGCCAGCGGCCCCCAAGAAAGCAGCCAAGAGUCCCAAGAAAGCGGCCAAGAGCCCCAAGAAGGUCAAGGCUGCCAAACCCAAGACGCCAAAGCCUAAAGCAGCUAAGCCUAAGAAGGCCGCCCCGAAAAAGAAGUAAAUUCCUUCUCCAGACGUUCCAUUAAAAAAAGGCUCUUUUAAGAGCCACCCACCAUCCCACUAAAGAGCAGCGUUUCACUGAUA